AUGCAAUGGAGUUCUCGAAGGAAUCAGGAUAUGUCGUCAAGGAUUUCCGAACAGGAUUACUUUCCAGUUCCCAAGCUGCACUUCCAUUUGCAGGAAUUCCGUCAACGUUACGAGAGGCUACUUGCACCACAUGCAAUCCCUCAUGGUUUUAUGGAUGGGAAAGAAGCUGUUCGCCGAAUCCUUGAGGCAAUCGAUGUACAGCCAUCUCUGUACCGGAUAGGUCAAUCAAAAGUGUUCUUCCGUACGGGUGUCAUUGCUGGCCUUGAAGAAGAUCGUGAUGAGAAACUAGGAGUACUUGUUGUCCGCUUCCAGGCCCUUUGUCGUGGCAUGUUAGCUCGUUCUGACUUCAAUCGGCGUCGAGAAAAAGCUGCUGCCAUUCGAGUAAUCCAGCGAAAUGGAUUGGCUUGGAUACGCCUUCGCGGAUGGCUUUGGUGGAGAUUGUUUACGAAGGUAAAACCUUUGCUAGAAAUAACCAACAAAGAUAUGGUAAUCGCAGAGAAGGAGCAAGAGCUCAAGACUACUUCUGAGAAAUUGAGAAGAAGCGAAAUAUUCAUCAGUGAUAUGUAUCGCAAGAUCGAAAAGUUUGGUGAGGAAAAAAGUCGUCUACAGGAAAAGCUAGACAUAGAAAGUUUGGAGCGCGCAGAGGCGGAUGAAGAGCGACAACGUAUUGCAGCUCGAAAGAUGGAGCUUGAGACAGCUCUUGAUCAAAUGGAGAAACAGCUGCACUCCGAGGAACAACGCCGUGAGGCUGCCGAGCGUGAACGAAAGAAGCUGAUGGAUAACGUCCAUGACUUGGAGCUCCAACUUGAAGAGGAGGAGCGUGCUCGGCAAACGUUGCAUAUAGAAAAGGUUGAAAUAGAGAAGAAGCUCAGAGAUCUGGAGUCGCAAAUUAUGGAAAAUGAAGACGCUGCUGGACGGCUUAUAAAAGAGAAGCGAAUAUUGGAAGAAAAAGUGAAGGAUCUCUCAGCUCGGUUAAUUGAUGAAGAAGAAAGGGCUAAGUCACUUCUUAAACAGAAAAACAAAGCCGAAAUAUCCGCAGUCGACUUACAGGACGAAUUAGAAAGAGAGAAGGCAGCAAGAAACGAGGCGGAAGCUGCUAGGAGAGCGCUUGACGGUGAAUUAAGAGAAGAAAGGGAGGCAGCAGCUGAGCGAUUACGAAAAGUCGAAGAGUUUGCUCAGAUGAUAAGUCGUAAAGAUGCUGAACUGGUGCAAAUCAAACUUAGAAACGACGAAGAAGCAGCUACACGCCAACAGCUGGAAAAGUCUUUACGUGAGUUGCAGUCUCAGCUGGAUGACGCUAUGGAGGACCUGAAGCAGGAGCAUGCGUUACGAGUCAAAUCAGAAAAGACACGUCGUGAGCUUGCCGAACAAGUGGAGACUUACAAACUCGAGUUGGAGGAAACCCAAGAUAAAAGCGCUUCACACCAUGCAAUGAGAACAAAGCGAGAGGAAGAGUACAGCUUGCUGCAGAACCAGUUGUCUGAGAGCAUGCGUGAGUUUGAUGAGAGAUACGAAGCCUUGCGGGCUAAACACGCGAAGCAGCUGGAGGAAAUGGGGGAAGAGAUGGAUCAGAUGAAACGAGCCAAGACCGCGUCAGACAAGGCUCGAGCUCAGCUUGAAAACGAUCUAAUCAACGCCCAAGCUGAGCUGACUACGCUUCAGUCAUUUCGAAGUGAAAGCGAACGAAAGAGAAAGACAGCUGAAACGCAGCUUGCUGACCAAGCACUUCGGUUACAGCAGUACGCUGAAGAAAAUGAACAACUCGUUGCUAAAGUUACAAAGUUAGCCAGCGAUCUGGAUGCUGCUAUGAAAGGCCGAGAGAAGGAUGCAGAAACCAGUGGUAGCUUGUUGAAGAAGAUUGCCAAUCUUGAAAUGGAGAUCUCUGAAAUGACUGAGGCAGCGGAAGAAGCCACGAGGAACCGCUCAAAUCUCACGAUGAAGGUAAGGAAAGCAGAAGAUGAAGCAGCAGAGUUGCGAGAUGCUCAGGAUGAAUUAAAACAACUCCUGGAAAAAUCACAGAAGGAGGUGGCAUCGUUGAAGUCGCAGAUGUCAGAUGCGCGGAAACGAUUCGAUGAAGAGGUUUCCGAUGCGGUUGCAGAAGUACAGCGAAAGCUAUCACGUGAUUUGGCGACAGCUGAGAGCCGGGUCAGCGAAGCUGAAGCGGCUCGUGACAAGGCUGAACGCGCCAAAACGAAAGCGCAACAAGAGGCUGAAGACGCAUGCCGUGAAAUCACUGAAAUCACUGCUUCUGUAAGAGAAUACGAGCGUAAGCAAAGGAAGUUCGAUCAGCUUUUGGCUGAAGAAAAAGCGACAACGGCAAAAGCCAUGGCUGAUCGAGAUCUUGCUCAACAACAGGCCCGGGAUGCAGAAACGCGUUACUUGAACACGGUUAAAGAACUGAAAGACCUUCAAGGCCAGAUUGAGGGUAUUGAAAAAGAGCGGCGAAUGCUACGCCUAGAAGUCGAUAAUUUGGCGUCGACAAAGGAUGACGCAGGAAAAAGCGUAUUCGAACUGGAGAAGGCGAAAAAACGUCUCGAGGAAGAGCUAGUAGAAGCCAGAGAACAGAUUGCCGAAUUAGAAGACGCGCUACAAAUGGCUGAUGACGCAAAAACCAGAAGUGACGUGAUGCACCAGGCAGCUAAGCAGGAGUGGGAAAGACAGCUGUCGCAAAGGAAUGACGAGGAGGAGGAUCAGCGUCGUUCUCUUUCUAAACGACUGCGCGAACUAGAAGAAGAGCUGAAUGCGGAACAGCGAGUCAAAGCCCAAGCUGCAGCUGCAAAGAAGAAGUUGGAGGCGCAGGUGGUCACUCUUCAAGAGGAAGUCGAACAUCUAACGAAACAAAACGAAGAGGCAAGCAGGCAGAUUCGUCGCAUUCAACUGAGUGCCAAAGAGGCAGAGACUGAAGGAGCUGAGGCUAGAGCAGCUAUGGAUGAGGCUUUGUGCAAAGCGAGAGAUGCUGAAAAACGAUUGCGUGCUGCUGAGGCGGACAUUUCUCGUCUCAAUGGAGAACUGUCAUCGUGCCAGGCAGCCCGUAGAAAGGCUGAGAGUGAACGAGACGAUCUUUCUGAGGAGCUGUCAGCCCUGAACCAAGGAGGCGUGGUUGGACAAGAGGAAAAGAAAAAGUUUGAGAAAAUAAUCGCGGACUUGCAAGAUAUGCUUGAAGAAGAGCAGACAAGUAACGAAUUGUUGAACGAAAAGCUGAAGAAGUCCCAAGCACAGGUCGAACAGUUAACUUCUGAACUGACUAUGGAACGUUCAAUGUGUGAGCGUGCAGAUGCUGAUAAAGUGACUCUGGAGCGAGCCCUUCGAGAGUUGAAAUCUCAACUUCAAGAAGCUGAAUCUGCCGCCGCAACACGCGUCCGCAGUCAGCUUGCAACAGCCGAAGCCAGGGCUCAAAUGCUGGAACAGCAACUGCAAGCAGAGGAGCAGGAGAAAGCUCGUGUAUGUCGUCAGGCACGUCGACUCGAAACGCGAAUAAUGGAGAUGAAUGUUCAGUUUGAAGAGGAAAGACGCCAAAUAGAUCAGCAUCGUGAAUCGUGUGAGCGAGCGAAUUCCCGUUACAAAGCAGAACGUCGUCGAGCUCAGGAGUUGGAGGAAGAAGUAGCCGCCGCGAACUCUAAAUAUCGCGAAAUUUCGCGGCAAUUGAUGGACAUGAAUGAUGCGAAUGAUUCUCUCACUAGGGAAGUGAAUGCCCUACGGGUAAGAGUUGAUAAGAUUUCAAGCACU